UUGCUGGCGAUCUCAUGACCGCGGUGAACGAUGAAGCAUGGGACGAGUGGGAAGACGACGUCGCCGUGUCGUCCCCACAACCUCCUGGUGAUUCUACUCUGCAAGGCCAUGAAGCGAAGGCGCAGGCGCAUGCAAUCACGUCAGAUUCACCUUCAUCCGAUGCCGGGGAGUGGGGUUUCGAUCUGUCCGAGCUCGAGCAGGAAAUGUCGAAUCUUCCGGCCUCCUACGCGCCGCCCUUCAGCGCGCCUGACACCUCAAUAAGCAGUGAAGAGACACUCUUAUCGAUGCUUGACGGUCUGCCUACCGCCCUACAAGCGGGCGGCGAGCGAAUGCGAACGCUUGAGGCGCUAGCGCUAGUCGCACGGCUGCACGUUGUUUCCGCACGUGGCAGCUUCACCCAACUGCAGAGCGAUGAGCAGACGACUCACGAACAAUUGGAAACUAUUAAACAGGAGCUACAUCAAUUGUCCGGGGAAUGGGGGCACAAGAAGCUGCUGGAAACGAUAUUAACGGCCUCAGAGCGCCAACAACUCGAGGAGAUGACGGGGCUGCUGCACCACGCCUUAAGCAUCGAAAAUGAGGACCUGACGCUGUUCCAGGAGGUCAUUGAGCAGCUCUUCGAUGGCUUAAAGGAGAAGCAACUGGUGAUAUCCACGAAUUGGCUAAAGGAGAAUGCUGAGAGUGGGGAGACCGGGACGGAGUCUGUGAGCUACGUGAACCAGAUUCUGGCCGUCUGCAGUGACGAACCGGGCAACACAAGCCGCAUACCGACACUAUCAGAAGCUGAGAUCUUCCAGGAUGCCAAGGAUAUUGGACGUGAUGAGUUGCUGAUCAAUGGGGAGCGAGUGGAAGGCACAAGAGGAUACGACGCGGUCGUGGACGCUCUGCAGCAUGAGUUGGAGCUGGUGUUGGCACGUCAAGUUGGCAAAACGCCGGAGCAGACGCCCAUGGCUGUGAGCAAUGCUUUACAGUCAGUCGCAAUGGCAGUACUGCAUGCGAGCAACCGAACGGAGUCCGGUGGAAGUUCCUACGAACUUCUGGCUAAGUUUCUGAGUAACCACGAGAUGAAUCGAGUGCUGCUUCGACCGGCUUCAGCACGUGCUUCCCCGCUUGAAGUUCAGAUGGACGUCGGGCCGUAUUUGGAGACCGUACCUGGCUCAAAAGAACCGACGUGGGCCUUUGGUCUGCGUGUGAAGCUCACAGCGGUGACGUGGUAUCUAGUCUGCGAUGCAGAAGACCCGACGAACGAGCUGUACGAGAUCGAAACCACGUUCUGCAACCGUCUCGCGUUCCCAGUCGGUCUUACGCCAUUCCAUCCGCUCGACACCAUGCGUAAAGACCGCGGAGACGUUACUCUUCGCUUGGUGUUGCCAAACUAAGUAAGAUAAAGGGAAAGUUGUUGAUAAACUCACUCGGCCAAACUCUCGAUUACUUAAGGUCAAAAUCUCCGAGGGAAAAGCUAUCAACAUGUCGUUCAAAUUCACAAAGCGCUGUCGCCCUCUAUGGUGCUUAUUCGCAGCGCCACUCACUCCAUCUACAAGAUGCACACGCCGUCGCCGUUGGGCGUGAUCAUGACGAUACUGGAGUACCGCGUGCCCAACGGGUCGUUGUACACGCUGUCCUCUGACGGGCGAGCGCCGUCCGCCGUGGUGGCAGAGCUGCGUGCACCGUCAGGACCUGUGGCCUCCGUGUCGUUGUUCUGCUUCUUCACGU